UCCACCAUAGCGGCGCAUCUCUCCGAGAGACGGCUCGCGGCGCGUAUCGCGCGAUAAUUCUUGUUUUUCAAAAAUAUUAAGAAAAAAAGAUAAUUUAAGCGGGCGGAUAGUGUUUUGUGUUCUGCGCGCCGGAAUUGUUUGCCGGACUUUUUAACGUUAUUAACGGAGCGAAAUUCGCCUUGUCCCACCAUGUCGCUGUUGCUCAUUUCGCUGACGAUAUUCUCGACCAUUGUCAAACCUUCGACGACGGACGGCAACUUCAUAACGUCGACGACCGAAAGAUCUCCGCAUAAGAAGAUCAUCAUCAAGCCGUUGUACAAGGAAAGCGUUCCACUGGAACCGCCGGAUUUGGUCGAAGGUGAGUCUUUGCUGCCCAGCAACAACGACUUCGCCACCAACGUCAAAGAACAGGAGUACAUCCCGCGCGAAGAGAAGGGCGACACGGCACCGAUAAUUGCGCAAGCCGAAAAAGUGGUGAUCAGGAAGUUGGAAGACGAACCGGCGGAACUGAAUGCGUUUCACUGUGUGACCGAAAUUAUGAAUGAGUUGGAAGUGCGGUGCUACGGAAGUGGUUUGAAGGAGGUGCCGCAAAAUUUGACGGAAACCUUGCAGAAACUGACCAUCAUCGAGGCCAGCAUCGAGAUGAUUAGGAAGGACUCGUUCACCAAGUACGGGAAUAUCACCGACGUAACUUUAGGUAACUUGCAACAUCUGUCUGUUAUCGAAAAAGGAAGUUUUGCCAACAUUCCUCAUCUGACGUCCAUCUAUAUCACGGAAGCACCUAAGUUAAAGUAUCUGAAUGGAUUACUACACGGCGUAACAUCGAAGAAAUUUAAAAGCCUGCGAAUUCUUCAAACGGGAUUGGUGGAGAUCUCCCAAUUAUUUUACGAAUUGGACAUAAUUGAGCUCGUCGACUUGGAUUCGAACAAAAUACGGAAGAUCCAGUCGAAUUCCAUCAAAAUUAACGCCAAUCAACUGAGCAUGAACUUCAACGAAAUCACCUCAAUAGAAGAUUACGCUUUCAACGGUUCGCAGAUUGGAAAGCUGCAUUUUAACGGCAACAGGAAAUUAAAGUCGCUGAAUUCCGACGCUUUCACCGGCAUGAAAACAUUAUUCGAGCUGGACCUGUCGUCGACGUCCAUCGAAAAUCUGCCCAUUUCCGGACUCAAGGAGCUCGAGGUGUUGAAAAUCCAACGGACACCGUCCCUAAAAACCAUACCCAGCAUUUACGAUCUUCCGAACUUGAAACGUGCCUUGUUGACAUAUUCGUUCCACUGUUGCGCCUUCAAGUACCCCGAACAGCACCAUCCGGAGAAGCAUGCCGAAUACCGAAAACUGUGCCCCAUCGACACGGGACAGGACGCCGACUUGCACAGCAGGAGGCGACGUCACAGCAGGAAGACACGUGACGACGACAGCGAAGAGAGCAACGAGAGCGUCGAAGACACGUUCAAUUACGGGGUUCCAUCGCCAAAUAUUGAACAUGGUCACUACGAAGGCAGUUUAAAUAGGUCGGAAUGGGAUCCAGUUACUGGACGCACUAUUGGAGUGCAAAAGGCGAAAUACUACGAAGGAGCUGACGAGGAAGAGGGUAUCUUCCAUGAUUUAACGGCUGUAGGUCAAUCCAACACAAUUCAAGCGUGUGGCAAACUCUCCAAAAAGACGCCGACAGAGUGUCAGCCCGAACCAAACGCCUUGAAUCCUUGCGAAGACAUUAUGGGAUCGUCGUGGUUGAGGAUAUCCGUUUGGUUCGUCGUCGUUCUGGCCGUCGUCGGAAAUUUAGCUGUUAUUAUCGUCGUCCUGUUCAGCGGCACUGAAAUCAAUGUUUCCAGAUUCCUCAUAUGCAAUUUAGCCUUCGCCGAUUUUUGUAUGGGGUUGUAUCUGCUGCUCAUAGCAAGCAUGGACAUGCAUUCGGUUGGCACGUAUUUUAAUUUUGCGUUCGACUGGCAAUAUGGACUCGGUUGUCAGUUGGCUGGCUUUCUUACGGUGUUCGCUAGCCACCUUUCAAUAUUCACACUGACAGUGGUGACUUUGGAAAGAUGGUUCGCCAUCACUUAUGCCAUCCAUUUGACAAGGAGAAUUCGCAUCGGAGCGGCAGCAAAAACUAUGUUAGGUGGAUGGUUUUAUUCCUUCCUUAUAGCGGCUCUUCCUAUAUUAGGAGUAAGCAAUUAUAGUAGUACUAGCAUAUGUCUUCCCAUGGAAGUUAACACGGUGAUAGAUCAAGCAUACUUAUAUGCAAUUAUCAUAGUCAACGGCUUGGCCUUCGUCCUGAUCGUGUUCUGCUACGCUCAAAUUUACUUCAGUUUAGGUUACGAGACCAGAAGGGCCAACACCAAGGGCGAGAUGACGAUCGCUAAGAAAAUGGCACUGUUAAUUUUCACGGACUUCGCCACUUGGGCACCGAUCGCAUUUUUCGGAUUGACCGCCCUGACCGGCUACCCCCUGAUCGGCGUGACCAGAUCCAAAAUCCUUCUCGUUUUUUUCUACCCGCUAAACGCUUGCGCCAACCCGUAUCUGUACGCACUCAUGACGGCCCAAUACCGCAAGGACUUGUUGCAGAUGAUUUCAAGAAUCGGAUUGUGGAAGAGCCAAGCUAGGAACUACACGGUCACAACAACACUAAGGACAUCGAAUAACUCUCAACCAGUACCACUUCUAACAAAAACGAAUGGAAAUUGCCACCAUGUAAAAACAGAACUCGACGACACAUAUGUUUAAUUGCAUGCAUGUGUAAAUUUAUCAACAGCUUCAGAAAUGAAAUUCGUCUUUAGAUAGUUUUUGCUAUCUAGGCUGUGAUCGUUGUUAACCUGCUUAAUAAAAGGUCUUAUUUUUAUUUUUGAAAAACUCUUAUAUUUUUAAAAAUAGUCACUUAUGAUCCGGAUGAAUUUCAUUAUUUUAAGACGAUACUCGUUUCUGAAGCAUAAAUUUUAAAAUGUCCAUUAAAAUAGUCCAUAUGAAAGACUUGUAAACUAUAGCAAUUUUAAAAUUUUUGGAAACUAUUACCUAUUUAAUCGAGCUGAUUAAAUAUAGCUGUUCAAAGGUUAUAUAUUAUUGUAACGCAAUUCAUUGUGAAAACUAGGAGUUACUAAUAUUAUUAUACGUGUCAUUGAUAAAUUGUACAAUAUACACAAAAUAUUUAUACAUUCCCGUUCAACAUAACGUUUCUAGAACACUCUAGAUUAUGUUUAUCCAUAGUUGCUUGUAAUGUAUAUUUAAAUAAGCAGUAUUAAGAAAAUCUUAUUCGAUAAAUAUAUUUUCUUAUAUUAAAAACUACCUCUGUUUUCAAUUUUUAAGUUGUAAAUAUUUAUUUUUUAUAUAAUAAGUCUGAUUUUGUCUAUACAUAAUUU